AUGACCCAGACUCUCCACAAAAGGGAGGACCCUCUGAACCUGGGCGGCGGCUGGGCAUCCUCGGCCCCGUUAGGCACCUGGUCUUCCUGGCACCGAAGGCGCAGGGGCGCUCCAAUAAACAAGCGGCGCUACCGCUCUGGUCCCAAGUCCUGAGUAUGAGCCCCCCAGGAAGCACAGCACGGUCCGGGCCCCUGGUUCCAAACCACCCCGACGGCCCCACUGGAGGUGUACUCUAACUGUGGGCGCUGGGAGGCCUGGCGCCCACCUCCAGAGGGAUGCUGGAGGCCUCCAGGCCGAGUGCAAGUGAUCCUUUGUACGGUGCUGCACCCGCUCUGCCUCUGCUGCGGCUCCUGCUGGCGCGGGCCCUGGAGCCCGCGCAUGGGCCAGGCCCCCGGGCAGGAAGAACGCUGGGGCCGCAGGGGCCGCGGCCCCCGCCACCCUCGCCGCUCCUUCCCCAGAGCCCUCCCGUUGAUCUGAGCACUCUGCGUCCGGCCGGGUCACCCUGUCGGGUGCGGGCACCCGCAUGCGGCGCCGCGGAACACCACCCAGUUCAUCAUGAACCAGAUCUACGAGGACAUGCGCAGCAGGAGAAAUUGGAGCUGCCAGCAGGAGGCGCUGCGGGCGCAGCAGGCCCAGGCGCGUGACCCGGCCUCCCCCGAGGGCCCCUCCUGGAACGACGCGCCCCCCAGCGGCGGCGAAGAAGCAGCGGAGCUGCGGGAAACUUUGUACAGCUUUGGGCAGAACCCGCCUCUGGUCUUCCCUCCGGACCAGUCUCCGACAGCACAGCCUGGGGAGGAGGACGAGGAGAAAAAUGAGGAGGAGUAUGAUGAGGAGGAGUGUGAUGGGAAGGAAGAGGAGCAGGAGGAGGAGGAGGAGGAGGAGGAGGAGGAGGAGGCAGAGGCCGAAGACGAAGAGGAGGUCCAAGAGGCGGACUGUGUGGAUGAGGGGGAGGAGGAAGAGGAAGAGGAGGAGGGAGGAGGAAGAGGAGGAGGAAGAGGCGAGAAGAGGAAGAAGACGAGGGAAAUAGAAGAGGAGGAGGGGGUGGAAGGGGAGGAGCAGAGGGAGGAAGAGAAUCACUUACCUCUGGAAAUGCCUUUAUCGUGCCUAGUGGGCGCUGAGGAAGAGAGAGAGACUUUUAACUGUACUUAUUUAAGCCCCACGCAGGUAAUUCCCAAUAAUGCCCAGGAAGCUCUCUUCAUGUUAGACGACAUUAACUGUUAG